CUGGUCGAGGUUACUGCUGGGAUUGAGCGUCGUCUCUCUCUCUCUCUCUCUCCUGUCUACUAUUCUAACUGGAACUUUGGAAGAGUGUCGCCUGGCAACGCAGGUACAAGAUACAGCUCCAAAGUAGAAGAUUAAAUCCAGACUCGCAAUACAGACUGUGAGAAUACUUAAAAAGAAGCGAACAUGAAUGCUCCGCACUUUCUGCUGCUGUGUAUAUCUUGCGGAGCAAGUGUAUUGGCAGCCAACUCUCCCACCGUGUCCUCGACGCUGCCAGCCACCAAUUUCACCGAUCUUGGCUCAGCGUUCAGCUAUGGAGAAGCAGACAGCGAGAAUAUUCCUCUGACCAGGAGGAAGCGUUAUAUUUCCCAAAACGACAUGCUUGCCAUUCUCGAUUACCACAAUAAAGUAAGGGGGAAGGUUUUCCCUCCGGCGUCCAAUAUGGAGUACAUGACGUGGGACGAGACCCUGGCUAAGUCAGCGGAGGACUGGGCUCAUGCGUGUCUGUGGGAGCACGGCCCUCGCCACCUCCUCAGGUUCCUGGGCCAGAACCUCUCUGUCAGGACCGGACGCUACCGCUCUAUUCUCCAGUUAGUGAAGCCCUGGCAUGAUGAAGUGAAGGACUAUGUGUUCCCUUACCCCCGGGACUGCAACCCCAGGUGCCCCCUGAAGUGCAAUGGACCCAUGUGUACACAUUAUACACAGAUGGUUUGGGCCACAACAAACAAAGUUGGCUGUGCUGUACACGCGUGCCACAAUAUGAACAUAUGGGGGAACGUGUGGAAACGGGCAACAUACUUAGUGUGCAACUAUUCAUCCAAGGGGAACUGGAUCGGAGAGGCCCCCUACAAAGUAGGCGUCCCGUGCUCUGCCUGUCCCCCUAGCUACGGAGGCUCCUGUUCCAACAACAUGUGCUUCCCAGCCCUCAACACAAACUAUCUGCAAUGGUUCAAAUAGAGCCAGGGGUCCCUGUCCAGACUAAGGCUGUGUCCCAAAUUGUACCCUAUUCCCAAUUGGCUAACAGCCUGACCCCCGACCCCAACACAGAGACUUUUCCCCCCUGAAGGAUUUGCACAACACGCUUAUUUAAGAUGCAAUACAUUAUAUUAACGUGUACAUAGAAUUCAUGUGUUUUUUUUUUAAAUGUUGUUACCAGAAGUGUUUUUUUAUUUUUAUGAUUAUCAUAUGAUGAAUUGGAUUGAUUGAUUGAUUGAUUGAUUGAUAGGAAGAUCAUUUAUCUUGUGAAGUAUGUUUCCUAACAGAAAUGGUGCAGAUACUUUUUCAGUAUUAAAGUAUUAUGGGUUUAA